AUGAACUAUUCCGACGAAGCUGGUGUUCAGGUUUCCUUGCCCCAAUUCUCCGAGAUAAACUCUCGGUCGAAUUCCGGUUUUACUUCGAGCGCCGCUGAUUUACAAGCUGCUGCAAGUGCUAUUUACACCACUGCGGUAGGCUCUAAUCAAUCUAAACACCAACAAAUACUGGUGAAUUCGCAAAAUAAGUAUCCAGGAACAAUACUAACAUGGCCGGAUCCAAAUACUUUAAUCCAGCUCUGUGAAAAGCAAGGCAUCCAAGCCAUCAACAUUCCAAAUUACAGUCAGACUGUCAGCAAUAACGCUUCAAUUCUAAACGUUCAGUCAAACAGUCUGCCAGUAAGAAUUAUUCCAAAUAUGUAUAUGUCGCAAGUUGAAAGUAAUACAACAAAACAGGAGAUAGAAAUAAAAACCGAAAAUGAGCCAGGAAAUUCUAAUUCGCCCAACUGCCAAAUGCAGCUUCAGCAGCAAAGUACAACCAUGACCGAGUAUCUGCAAAAACUGCAAGCCACAACGCUCCCACUCACGUUGCAACAGCUGAUCAAGCUCCAAAGCGAGCAGAUGAAAAGAGAGAAGCAGGAGGAAGAGCAAAAGAUUGAGCAGACACAGAACAGCAUUCUAAAUAUUCCGAGUGUGCCCGGAUAUAGGAAUGCCACAUUGCAAAAUGGUAAUCACUUUAUGAAUCCUGAACACAUGAUGUUAGCAAUAAAUCCGAGCGACUUGAACAUACACAUGGAAGGCCACGAGAGUGACGGCAGUUCGCAUGCUAUUAAAGUUGAGCAUUUGCAAACGGAGUCGCCGAAGCCGGAGAAGAAGAUGAAAUUCAGGGCGAAAACUGGCGAGAUCAAGAUAACGAUGGCUGUCGAUGGAUCGACGAUUUACUGUUGUCCUGAAUGCAAUCUAGCUUUCGCUGACAAAAGUGAAAUUGAACAACAUAUUCAAGGCCACAUACAGGAAAGGAAGUACCAGUGUAAAGAAUGCGGAGCGAUGCUCAAACGGAAAGAACAUCUGGACCAACAUAUGCGCGGCCACUCGGAUGAGCGACCCUUCAAAUGUCCCGUUUGUCAAAAAGCCUUCAAACGAAACGAGCAUUUGACCAGGCACUAUGUCAUUCAUUCCGGGGACAAGAAUUUCACUUGUUCCGUAUGCCAGAAAGCCUUUUCGCGAAAGGAUCAUUUGAACAAGCACGCUCAGACCCACUUGGGCGCGAAGAGAACCAAGGCGAAGUCUAAAGACCUCGUGUUCUCGGACAGGGAUGCCCUGGACAAGUUUGCCGAAAUGUCGGCUGCCAUGCCCAAGCAGGACGUGAACUUCAUCCUCAAGGAUGGCACCUUCAUCAAGCAGGAAGCCACUCUGCUCCAGCAGAUUCAGAGUCUGCAGAAAGACUCGAAUUUGAUGCAGACUUUUUCAGCUUUCAAAGAGCAGGCUCUGAAAGACGGUAGUCUUUUUCAACAGCAAGCUGUCAACAUGAACGACAUUCUACCGCAAAACACCAGGUACUUGAUGCCCUCCUAGUUUCGCGCGAUGCAAAUUCUAAAUGCAAAAAUUGAGGCUCAUGUGGAGUCGAGAGAGAUUGAAAACGCAUGGGUCUUGUGUGUGGGUCAUAAAACAUUCUUGAAUACGUGAUUGAUGUUUAGGUAAAUGAAGCGACAAUUUCGAGGGGUAGAUAUUUGAAUUAAUUCAUUGGUCCUCUUGCGAUUUAAGAAAUUCUCCCUAAGAGGCACUCGUGCCAUUUUAGGAACUAGUAUUUUAUAAUACUGAAGUAAGGAUUAGAGUGAGAAUAAAUUAUGUGAUAGUUGUGAGAAAAUAUCCAAACCUUUUGAUUGUUACUUAAGGUUUCAUAAAGAUUAAGACUGUCACAUUUGCUAGGGAAAGAGUUUUUAGUUUUUGGGCAAAAAGUAAUUUACUUUUAUUCCGAAAAUUUUCCCUAAAAUUUAUUUUAUCGAAAUUCAAAUGACCGAAAAAAAUUGCCUAAUUUGACGUUAUUUUUAUUUUUCUGAAUAAUCAUGGCGUUUUGAGCAUAUUU